CUGCUGUCAAUUGUCCCGGUUUGCAAUAAUAACAAAAAUCUAUUUUCGUGCCGAUCAGAAACUCGCUGGAAAAAGAUGUUGAACAAUUCUGUUUCACUGUGAAAGUCUAGUGUAAGGUGAAUUGCUCAGAAGAAAAUUUAGCUCAACAGCAUGCUUCCCGAAACGCUCGUGUUUGGAAUAGCCCUUCUAGUGACGGGUUUGAUACUAUUCCUGCUGAUAUACUUUGUAAUAAUCUUGUCCGAUUUGGAAUGUGACCACCUCAAUGCUCAGCAGUGCUGUUCGAAGCUGAAUUUCUGGGUAGUGCCCAAGCUAGCGGCACACUGCAUCCUUGCCUUCUUGCUGCUACUCAACGGCAGCUGGAUGCUGUUCAUUGCCAAUGUGCCUAUGGCGGCAUGGCUCCUGUAUGAUCUCUACAAAGUGCCGGCCGGAAACUUGGGUAUUUACGAUCCGGCCGAAAUUCACAAUCGCGGCAUGGUGAAGAAGCAUCUGCGCGAUACGAUGAUCGGAUUGGGAUUCUAUUUGAUCAUAUUCUUCGUGUAUUUAUAUUGUAUGAUCAUCGCUAUGCUGAAAGGAGAUCCUAUCAGAAGACACGAGGAAGGAGAGAUCAUUACGGAUUUCUAACCGAUGAUGAAUGACCGCAGUCCGGUGGUCAGGAGGAGAUUUGGAUUUUAGUUCCUUCAUCGUCGAUUUUAACGCUUGUCAUUAGAAAUAGUUUUAUCUAUUUAUCUAUUUUUCUCUCUCUAUAUGUUUACAUUAAUAUCGGCCCAUGGAAUACUAGCAAUAAUGUAAUAUAAUGCACUAGAUUUUCAAAACAUUAGGAUUUACUAAAUUACUAAAACCAAAGUGAUACUGUGUUGUUAGGUGAGAUUCUGUAAAUUGUAGUCUUGAACUCAAUAUCACAAUCUGAACAAAUGUCGUUUGAGUUAGGCUGCGUAGACAUCGAAUUCUAAAUCUCAGGAAAUUAGAUUUGAUGUGACAAUUCUGGAUAUGCACACAAACGCACUAGAUACAAAUAUUCUAGUUGAAUAUUAAAAAAAAUGGAUGGGUUAUAUCUAUUCUAAAUCCUCAAGGUUGACGUGGAACUACCUUAGCUUAGCAAUCAUUUGUUUGUAUUGAUUAAAUUUUUGAUUGAAUGAAACAAUUUCCGAAUUCAAUUGAAUUAAAUAUAUUUGCUUUGUGAGUAAAAAGAUUGAACAAAUGCCAUGUAAGGUCAACUCAUGCAUUGUGAUAGAUUAUGUUCUUCGUUACAAGUAAAUUUAAUGACAGUCCUUUUACGUUUUGUAUGAUAUCUAGGACAAAAUAUGUGAACGGAAGAAUUAUCAAACGAUUAUUUUAUUUACAUUUCCCUCUGAAGAUCGCAUCUCUCAAGUGUACGUACUCAGUUUCAAUUUUGACAUGUACGCAUGUAACGCAUAUUGUUUAAUUGCGGUAACGCAUAUUGUUUAAUCAAUAGGCGUUAUCGCAGCAAAUGGUUAUCAACAUUUUGCCUAAUCAUCAAAUGGUAUGCGUAGAACUUCAGUGAGCAAAAGAUACGAAGGUAUAUCCUUCAAU